AUGCUUCCCAUUGUGAUCAUCGUGUCGAUCUUCGUGGCUCUCAACAUUGCCGAUCCAGUGCCCGGGCGUCAAUACGACAUGUCUUAUUGUUCCGGACACACAAUUUUCCUCUUCCCGAAAAUCUUUGGGAAUGGCGAAUCAGUGGGCCUUUGUUUGUCCCCGUUGAGCCCUGGGAAUCCUCCGUGUGCAAACUUGCCAAAGAAAAUUGCGAAACGAGUUCUUUCGGCGAAGCUCACCUCGAUCGAUGCUUGCUUCAAGCUCUAUGAUAAGACCGAAUGCGACAGUGAGAAGUUUGUCCGGGCCAACAAGGACACGAUGAACAAAUUGAAAGAUUUCACGGCGAACGGGCUGGACACUGAUUGGCAAUCAGUUGGGUUAUGCAAGAAUAUGGAGGACAACGAUAAA